CAAAUUGAACGGAAGCUAGAAUCGGUAAGCUAAAACCAUGGCUAAAACUCUAUAAAUAUUUUGGAGGCAAAAACAAUCAUUCGUUUAAGUUCUUUGAAACAUCAACGCUGAAGGCAGACCAUCACAUCAUGUUCCGUUUUGACAUCUCAAGUAAUAAAAUUUCUCAAGGAAUCAUUUCGUCCAUAGCAGAGUUGGGGAGAAAGGGAAAAUUUGAAGACUUUGAGGUCAUCGUUGAAGGUGAACGCAUUAAAUGUCAUUCAUUCCUACUCGCCUCUUGCUCGGAGUUUUUCAGAAAUCUGCUCGACUCAAAUAUGAAGGAGAAACAGGACAUGAAAGUGGACUUACCCAAUGUUACUUCUAAGACAUUUAAGCUGAUUCUCAACUCAUUGUACACAGGGGAAGAGUUGCUGACUAAUGACAAUGUCUUGGAAGUUUGGUCCGCAGUUCACAUGCUUCAGAUUCGUUUCUUGAUUCAACACUGUGAAGAUUUUAUUGUUGACAAUGUCACCAUAGAAACGAUCCCGGAGUACAAGAAGCAAGCCGAACAUUUUCACUACCAGAGAUUCACGGAGAGAGUCCUUCCAUUUAUGUGCAAGAAUUUCAUGAGCUUUAGGAAAACGGAAUCCUUUCUACAAUUAGAUUUCAAAGACCUGAUGAAAUUAAUUGAAAGUGACCAGAUGAAAGUAUGUUCUGAAGACCUCGUGCUUUAUUCAAUCUAUGAUUGGGUCAGUCAUGGGAAAUCGAUAACUAUUCAGGGAAUAGACAAAAACAACCUGAGAACAGUUUCUAAAGCAGAUGAUGCCAAUGGUAACUCUGAGAACAUUUCUUCUUCUAAUCAAAAAGAGCUUAAUAUUAAAGGGGAUGCAGAAGACUCUCCAUUAAUCUCCAGUCAGAAUCAGGCUAAUGAGAGAGCACUCUACCUGCAUCCACUUUUAAAAGGUAGCAGAUACCUCCUCGCCUCCGACGACUGUAUCAGGAGACUGUUGAUGAAUACAUUGACACAGAGUAUCACAGAAGUGAAGAAUUUUCUGGUAGAGACAUCAGCGAUGAAACUUUCCAGCCAUCUCAAUGGCUUUUGGCCAAACGCUGCCGUUCAGCGUGACUGCAGCUCAUACGAACACGUCGGAGUAGUUUGUGGGUUUCUCAUCGAGGCCUAUUCCUUUCAAACAAAACGUUGGACUUAUAUUGCACCCUGGGGAAUGAACCCGAUGGUCACAGUGGCCAACUUGAACGGCAGACUUUACGGUCUGGCAAGAAACCAGGAAACCUUGGAAUUGGUUUAUUUUUCCAAAAAUAAUUGGUCCAGUCUUCUGAGCUUAAAUUUUGAAAUGCAACUUUUUUUGUCACAUGAUAAAUGUAUUUACAUUUUUAGUUCUGAAAAUAAAAUUACAAAAUGUCAAAUGGCCAACGAAGGGGCUUUCUCUGAAGCUUACAUUCUGGAAACUGAAGUUUUCAAUCUCUCUAUUAGCAAUGCAGAGUAUGCAGUCAGUUUCCAUAAGAAUAUCCUUGUCUUUGAGUCAGUAAGAAACUACAGAAGAGCCAGAACUGCAGUCCACGAGUGGAACGUAACAAACAAUGUCUGGACAAAGGUAGCCGUUCUCGACUUCAACGCUGACCACAUGACCAGCUUCAAUGAUGACCUCUACUUGUACAUCCUCGACGAAGUUGGGAAUUUGUAUCGAGUCGAGGAAGCCGAGACUGUCCAAGUCACAUACAUUGAAAAAAUUUUUGAUAUCCGUGUGAAGUUUAAAGGUUGCAUACUGUUUAGGAAAUGUCUGUAUGUAUGCGGCGAGGUAUAUGGACGUGGUGACUAUGUGUCAUACGUUGAGAACGUCUAUACCUCCUUAGAAUUUGUUGAUAAGCCACUUUACGGGCAAUGCUUUGUUCCGUUUCUUAUGGAACGAUCUGAAAACAGAUUUUUGGACGUGAAAAGCUGUUAAGGCAGCAACAUCCUUAAAGAAGUUAAUUGUCAUUCUUACUUUUUAAUAAUUGUUUGAGAGUGUCUUUAAUUUACAGAAAUAACAUUUGGGUGAUGUUUUAAUAUGUCAAAAAUGUGUAUAUACAUCUGACAUCUGACUAUAAAAAUUGGUGAUCACAUAAAAACAGUACCUUUUUAUUCUAAAUUAAAAAAAAAUUUAGCUUUUUAAGCUUAA